AAAAUUACGAUUUUAGCCAAUCACAUUGUCCCAGGUCACACACAGCAAAUGUACAGGAAGGAAAGAUGGCAGCCAGAAAUGGGAAAAAUGGUCUACUUGAGAAAUGGAGGAUUGAUGAGAAACCUGUGAAGAUUGACAAAUGGGAUGGUGCAGCUGUCAAGAAUUCUCUUGAUGAUGCAGCGAAGAAGGUCCUCUUGGAGAAGUAUGGUUAUGCAGAGAACUUCAAUCUCGUAGAUGGACGUCUCCUUAUUUGCACAAUCUCCUGCCUCUUCGCCAUCGUAGCUUUAAUUUGGGACUUCCUUUAUCCAUUCCCUGAGUCCAAGCCAGUCCUGGCAAUCUGUGUCAUAUCGUAUUUCAUAAUGAUGGGCAUUCUAACCUUAUACACCUCCUACCAAGAAAAGAACAUCUUCCUUGUUUGUGUCCAGAAGGACCCAGCUGGCAUGGACCCUGACCACACUUGGCAGCUUUCAUCUAGUCUGAAAAGGUUUGAUGACCAGUACACACUAAGAGUGUCCUUCACAGAUGGGAAGUCCAAACACACGCGGGUGCAAGAGAUCACGAAGUCUGUGGGGGCUUUCUUUGACGGGAACGGAACGCUGGUCAUGGACCAGUUUGAAAAGUGCGUGUCAAAACUCCAUGAUACCUUGGCCACUGAAAAGAAGACAAAAUAAUAAUGAUCAGACAUAGCCUUCUUUACAAUGCUGCACCACACUGGCAGAAACCGCAGUAGAGCACACUGGUAUUGUACRGUCCUGGGUGCAUUUGAAUGAGUUAUUGGUUGUUAUAAAAGUCUGCACGCCAGCAUUUGUUGUCCAUUGUUUAAUUUGUCCAAUAAAUUGACUGUUGCGCAUAAUUAUUGUUUUUCUUCCUAUGUUUACCKUGAUACAAGUCUCAUCUAGACAUUGCUUUUAAGAACCCCUAAGACAACUCAAAACAAAGAUUAAUCAAAUAUUUCUUGCACCACUCAAGUUUUUAUCUCCACCAUUGAAUGGUCGUUCUAAAAAUGAAGAGAUUGGUCCUUUUUUUUUUAUAUAUAUAUWUUUUUUAACUUCUCUUCCCCACAUUUUAUGCUGCCUUACAUAAUGUGCGCAGUGAAUGACCAGAUCAUUUUGUUGGAAAUUAUGUAAAAUACGUAUAUUUUUUUUGUCCUGAAAGCCUUAUUCAAUGUAACUAGUGUAUUUUAAAAGUUUUACAAUUCUACCUGUAUUUUUCUGUUAAUGGAUUUUGUUACUACAGUAUGUAGUUACCAUAAGGCUUUAAAGGGCAAAAGAAACGAUCUGAAAAGGGACUGUAUCCACACAUUUACUAGUUUCAUCACCAUUCCUCUCUUCAGUACAUGGUUUGUUGGAAGUAUGUCUUUAAAGCUGGAAUCCGUUUUGGUGAAACUGCCACGUCCUUCUGCGAUAUUACAACAACAACGUAUGUUACUUCGAAAAAAUGUUUUUUCCCCCCUCCAGAUAUUGAACUGGGGUAAUUGGGGUAAUUGUUUUGAUGUACAUGUUAGGUCAACGAUUUGGAAAUGAAAUAGUAUUGAUCAGUUCUCCUCACUUAGGAGUGCAUGACCAUUGGUUUUCAAUUUCCAGUCUCACAGAAUAUUGAAUACACAAGCACAUUUUUUUUUUAGACUUAUAUUGGUAAAGUUUCCUGAAUGCAGUUUAUUUCUCUGUCGUAUGACUUUAAAAGUGAGUGGUACAGAGACAUUGCCGUUUUUGUCCGUAGAUUUUUGGCUUUAGCAACCUUAUUGUACGUGCCUGUUCUUCAUAUAAGUUUAAAAUAAAGUUCGAAAGCAUUUGUA